AUGGAGAUGGGAACGACGACGGGGAAGAUGAAAAUGAGUCGGAGGAGCCGAGCAACCAAGAAAAUGAAGGAGAUCAUGCUGAAACCAAGCUGUCCAAAAAUCAACAGAAGAAGCAAGCUCGCAGACUACUGUGCAGCAGAGGACAAGGAGAUGAAGCAAGCUAGGAAGCAAGCCAAGAAGGACAGGAAGAGAGCUAUGCACGAGGCAAAAGCUGAAGGCAGCACUCAAGAAGUUCGGAAGCGACCGAGAGUUUCCUCAGACCAAGAGGCUUCAGGCAAAGAGCAGCCGUCAUGCAGGAUUGGAGGGAGAGGCUCCCGCAAUCGAGAAAGUUUCGAUCAGCUCAGGAAGGAUGGGCAGAGAGUUGUCAUCGACCUAAGCUUUGAUGACCUCAUGACGGAGAAAGAAGUCAGAAGCCUUGUCACGCAGCUGGCACACUCUUACGGCACGAAUCGAGCUUCCGGCAAGCCGCUCGACCUCUACUUGACCAGCGUCGACAAGAGGACGGCGGAAGGGCUGAAGAAGAUUUCAGGGUUUGAUAACUGGAGGUGCCACGUGGAAACAAGACAUUUCUCUGAAGUUUUCCCAAAGAAUGAGGAACUCCAGAAAGACAAAGUCUAUUGCAUCGGGGGCAUAGUAGAUCACAACCGGUUGAAGGGGCUGACGAAGCAGAAAGCUGAUGAGAAUGGUUGGGACACUGCGAAGCUACCGCUGGAUGGCAACAUCGAUCUUGGGGAGAGCAGAAAGGUUCUCACUGUCAACCAUGUCUGCUCUAUUCUGCUCAAGUAUCAUGAGACAGGGAACUGGAAGGAGUCGCUGAAGCAAGCUAUGCCCGAGAGAAAGUUGAAAUGA